UAGGGUUUUAGGGUUUCAUAUACGUUCAUUCUUGACCUAUAAAAUGCGCCUCUCAAUCGAACCCCCCUUCCUCCGCGAGCAGAGAUUAGUGCAGAUCUACACACCACCGUCUUCAAGGAAAGUGACUUCUUAUCUGACCAUCAACCAGAAAUGUCAGGAGAAGAAGCUGCUGUUGUUGUAACUGAGACCCCACCGGUUGCACCUCUGGGUGAAGCCAUGGACGUCAUGACUGCCUUGCAGCAUGUGCUGAGGAAGUCACUUGCUCAUGGUGGGCUUGCACGAGGACUCCAUGAAGGUGCCAAGGUCAUUGAAAAGCAUGCUGCACAACUCUGUGUGUUAGCCGAAGAUUGCAACCAGCCAGAUUACCUUAAACUGGUGAAGGCACUUUGUGCUGAUCACAAUGUCAAAUUAAUGACAGUGCCUAGUGCCAAAACUCUUGGCGAGUGGGCUGGUCUGUGUAAAAUUGAUUCUGAAGGAAAAGCAAGAAAGGUUGUUGGUUGUUCCUGUGUUGUAGUGAAGGAUUUCGGAGAGCAGACAGAGGGUUACAAUGUUAUUCAGGAAUAUGUGAAGUCCCAUUAAGUUAACAACUAUUGGAAGAGUGAGGCAUUUUUCACAUUGAGAGAUUGUUCCUUAGGUAGCUCAAAGCUUUUCUUUCUUUAUGGUGGUUUAUGACAAUUUUGAAGACAAGUUCUUUUGAGGAGUAUCCCAAGUAGCUUGUCUUUUGCAAUUUUCAGAACUAUGUACUACUCUUAGCAUGUGUGUUUAUAUUUUACACUUGAGGUGGGUUUAAUUCAAAAUUUUCAUGCA